ACACAGGAGGAUCUUUUCCAAGCCUUUAAAAAUUGGAAUUAUGGGAAAUGUAAGAUCCAGUGCAUUUUGGAGCUUGAACUAUACAAAAGACUAAGAGUCAGGUUAUUUCAGCCUCUGCUGCUUUGAUUCUGACCACUUAAAAAACGAAAACAAAUCUGCAAAAUCAGUCUCUAUGGAUGAAUGACUGGAGUUGCCCUUUAAACACUUGGUCUAUCAUUAUAGCUUAAUCAUUGUCAAACACUGCAUUGAAAAAGCGUUUAGUAGUCGCUCGCUCUCAUCUUUAGACAUAAAACUUCAAAAUAAAGCUUAAAACACAUUCUCCUAAAAGUUUCUAAACUUCAGACAUGAUCAGAAAAUAUGAGUACAAUUUUUACAAUAAUUGCCUGAGGUGUUUAAAUUUGUCUGAAACUUCCAGGAUACUAGGGAAUAAUAGGGAAUACAUUGAAAAACAUUAAGGUUCAUACAGAUAAAGUUGGCAAUAAACCUUCACAUUCUACACACAGCAACAAGUCCCGCCUCUUAGCCUGAGAAUGAAACUGAUUGCACUACAAUGACAGUGUGACUGUGUGAGCCUGUGAUAAGGUUUGCACUGCUGUAUUUAGUGUCUCAGGUUUCAAGACAAAUCCUGUAUCCUGUAGUUGUUUUUCUCCACGCAGCAGAGUCAGAGUGGAUGGACAUACAGUACAACUGUGACAUGAAAGAAAGGAUCUACACUGUUGCAUCAGCAGUGCCAAAGAAAGGGACUUAAUAUAUCUGAAGAAUGAACAACAGCCACCAGGAAGUAAUAGACACCCAGGAAACAGACUUUGGUGGUCCCACCUUAUCCAAACAGAAGAGGAUCAUCCACUUCUCCAGCGGUGAAACUCUGGAGGAGGAAGACAGUGAGGAGGAAGAGGAGCAGCCAUCAAACAGAACUCCCUUCAGAGAGCCUACUCAGAGGGCUAGGUUCUCAUUCAGGAAUGUGGCUAUUCUAGUUGGAAGGAUUUCACUGCUGACUUGUGACUUCCUUGGAGAGAGACUAGCUGGUGUACUUGGGCUGAAUGCAGCUAAAUACCAGUACGCCAUAGAUCAAUAUCAGAGUGAUCACAAGAAAACCAGCAGCCAAGCCACGGAUGGCCUCAUUGGAGGGACAGGCAGACACUAUCCACCUCUCUCACACACAAACUGGGAGUCAUUAUGGAGCUACAGGAGAUGCAAGAUGCCAGGCUGCUGAUCCCAAGGAGAGCUAUGAUGAGAAACAAAUGAGCAGAAAGGGAGGAUACCACAACAGAAGCUAUCAAGCCGAUGAGGACAGUUUGAAAUAAAACCUAUAAAACACAAAGAGAAGGAAUGAGAGUUGUCAUUCAAUGUGCAAGCCAUAGAGGGGCACUAUGACACAGCAACAACGCAUGCUGAUCUCAGAGUAUGGUGGGGCUGUUUGUCUAGUAAUGGUAAUGUUACAACAGAUAUGUGUAAAGAAGAAAAAUCACACUGACAAACUUAAGAUUUCAAUGGGAAGGUAAUGGUGUUAGGCUUGGUGCAAGAUUGCAAUUUUGACCAUAUAAUAAACAGCACUUUGAAUGUA